AUGACACAGAAAAAGGUAUCACCCGCAGUAACGACUGUAGCUGGAAAUUUGCCUCCAAGCUACGAAGAGGCCAACGCGGGAUGUCCUGGUUACUGUUACAAUGAUGGCGCAUUUCUGUGGGACGAUAAAAACAUCAGACGUGUUUUCGUGCGAAAGGUUUAUUCGAUUCUGAUGCUGCAGCUGUUUGUCACUCUGUCUAUUGUGUCUCUAUUCACCUUUUAUGAACCGGUGAGGUUUUAUAUUCAGACUCAUCCUGGGCUUUACUCCACAACCAGCCUCCUGUUUCUUGUCACCUAUUUGAUGUUGGCUUGCUGUGGAGAUUUAAGGAGGCAGUUUCCCUGGAAUCUCAUUCUGCUCUCUGUAUUUACACUCUGCAUGGCUUUCAUGCUGGGUUUUGUUUCCAGCUACUACAACACAAGGUCAGUGAUUGUGUGUCUCGGCAUCACGGCUGUGGUGUGUGUGUGCGUCACCGUCUUCAGCUUUCACACGAAGGUGGACAUCACGUCGUUCCAGGGCCUUCUACUGAACCUCUGCCUGCUGCUGCUGGUCUGCACUCUCGUCCUGGGAUUGGUCGUUCCCUUUGGAUUUGUUCCGUGGUUACACACACUCUACGGGAUUUUAGGCGCCGUCACUUUCACCAUGUUUUUGGCGUUUGAUACUCAGCUGUUGAUGGGGAACAGACAGUACGCUGUGAGUCCUGAGGAGUACGUCUUCGCUGCUCUCACUCUCUACCUCGACAUUGUUUAUAUUUUCACUCACAUUUUACAGCUGUUUGGUGACAGCAACGAAUGAAUCAAAUAAAAAAUUUCAUCAAACACGACAAAUUCCAUUAAACCAUAUCCACUUGUACCUUAAUGUAGCUUUUAACGCUUUUUAAUCAGAUUCCCUCGAUAACCAAACUGCAUUUGUCCUCCAUGUUUGUUUUUCUCACUCCACGUGCAACCUGAUUGGCCGAGAAAAACGUGCUGGAUGUCACGUUGCACGUUUCUGAACAGGUGAACUUUUUGGUAGUUGUAAAAGAAACUCUUUCCUUCCACGAUUUAGUUUCUCAUCGCAACACCAGGACGAAUCAUAGCGAUCGUGCUGCUAAUGAACACUGUGUGCUCAGUAACUACUAGCAUAACUAAAGACUAGCAUGUUAGCUUUAGAUGAUGUGAUAUUAGCUCGCUCAUGUUAAUCACAAAAACAGCCGUUGCUAAUUAGUGAAUUUACUCACAAGGCAUUGCUGCACUCAAGCGUUCCCUUUUCAACGUAUGAUGAAAGUCAGAGUUACUUUAUAUCAUUAUAUCAAUUUAAUGUUAUUUCUGGAUUUAGAAAUAAAGUUCUUUAUUUUAUAUUUAUCAAUAACAUGAUUCUUCGCUGAUUCUUUCACCGUAUUGUUUAAAUCCUCAUUAUUGUUUGUGGAUUUAUUUAUUUUUGUGCAGAAUUCUGUGGACGCUAACAUUUACAAAGCAGUAAUGUAAAUGCUGAUUUUUUUUAUACAUUAGAAAAUGAGCUUUUACUGUAAACUUAUGAAGAAUUUAUGUGGCCUUUUAUCUGAAACAACUUUAUUUUAAUGCAGCUUCGCUAUUUUAUGCGUAAUGCUUAUGUUUAUUUUCUUCUCUUUUUUUUAUUGUGUUUGGAUUAUAAUGUUCCCAACAAAACAUUCUAAUGUGAAUACAGUUUUGAAAUAUAAUACAAAAAUGAACAUAUAUAUAUGUUAUAAUGUUUGUGAGUUCAAACAAAUUAGAAUAAACGUAAUGAUAAAAAUCACUUGUUUUGUUUUUUAUGUUUCUAUACACUACACGUUUACAGGUAAAGAACACAACAUAUUACAACAAUUAAAAACAUUUUUAUUUUAAAAAAGAGAAAAAAUCAACAGACAAAAUUAAAAAAGAAAAGUAAAACAGAAAAAAAAGAAAGAAGUUUUUUUUUCCAUCAACAAAUAAAAAACAAAAUUGAAAAAGUCAGCUGUGGUACAGGAAGACACACGAACAUCAGAGCAAACCGAAAUAUCAAAACUCUUCUGAUAACUGUACAAAAUGUGUAAUAUUAUAAAUAAGAAAUAUGUUUCUUUUUCUUAACAAAAAAAAAAAAGGCAGUUCAAGAGACGAGCCAAACUUUCGCUCGAUAAACACAAUGACGAGUCAAACCUGGAGAAUUUAUGGACGGCUAAAAAAAUCUCCUCAACCCAAUACAACUAAGCUGAAGAGAUUUACGGAUUUACGCUACGAGAAUUCAUCAGAGAUUUCACAGAAAUUGCAUACUUGUAAUCAAAAAUCAAACAUUGUAAUGCUAAUGUUAUCUUUAUGCUAACUGUAGCUAGUUUUAAUAUGCGAGCGAUUCCUAUGUUUAAAAAAAACAACAAUUUUUUUUCCUAUUUAUAGUUAUAAACAUAAGGCUUGCUAUUAGCAUGGUGG